AUGACUACUACCCAAGACCGUACCGUCUCGGCCAAGUCGCCAAAAGCGCUUGAGGAGAGCAACCCAAGCUCUUCACUCGGAAACCACUCCGAAAGCCAACAGCAAACCCCGAGACUUCCAAAGGAAGACACCCAGCACCUGGAAUCGACUUCAUCCGAAAGGCGUCCAUCAGCCGCUACCUCGUUCGACCUUCCAAUAAGGGAUGCUUGUACUGAGGGCAAGACGGACGGCGAAGGAGAUGUUCUGAGCAGACUAGGAUAUAGGCUCAGAAUCGAGACCGAUCAAGCCCCUCGCAGUGAUAUGGUCAACGCCGGCAUCGGGCCUGUGAUCAUCGCAACGUCGAAGAUGGCAGCUUCGCUUUCUUGUCGUAACGAUUCAGUCCUCAGCCUGUCGUCUUGCAUGUCAACUUUUAGCCAGGUCACACGACGGUCGACACACUGCACAGACAAGACCGACAUCUCCGAAGUCUUUACCUCCCCAUCGCGAGCUUCAACCAUGGCCUCUGCAGCAUCUUCUGAUUGCAGCUGUCACGUUGUUCCGUUCGUGAACGGCAUACAGCCCGUGGCCGAGCUGGUUGUUCUAGCAGAUCAAAAUCAUGUCAGAGACAACGACACUCCACUUACGUCGAACAGCAUAGCGCAAAAGCUCCUGUACCGUCUUGCACGGGCCAAGCCUCAUGGCCGAUGCGAUCAACAGCAUCUGCAAGAAGGGGACGAAGGUUCUCGAAGGCCACGACCACCUAGUCUUGCCUCGUCGCAGGCUCGGGGGAGACGUAGUCAACUGGAUCAACACGUCAAUAUGAGUGAUGUUCCGGACGCUCUGGCCACUCAUGGCGUGGCCGUUGAAAAUCAGUCAACAGAGCAAGCUUUCGAUGGAGUCUCAUCUCUGAACCUUCCUAUCAAGCGCAAAACCAGCACUCCAGCCAUGGAAAUUGUUUCUCCGAUCAUCAGAGUUUCCGCAAUCCAGGGGAGACCCGUUGAGGCAGGGCUUGUCGUGAGAGCAUUCGGGCGAACAGGCCGUCCUCUUGUGGCUUCGAGGCCCAUGCCAACCAGAACUCGAACUGAAGGGCAAAUGAGCGAUCGAUCGCCUAGCUCUGAGCCCAAAAGACGCCGAACCCUCAGCAUCAUUGAGGAAGUCCGUGUGGAGCCCGGUGGUAGUUCCAGCGACCCGCGGCCCACCGCCGAUCGGGUGCCGAUGCUUUUCGAAACAGAUGCAUGGAAUCAUGACUUACUUGGAGCGUCUCUCACGAGCUCCGAGCGCACGUCUGAGACGGCAUCUGCAAGCGACCUAGUGGCAACCCCCCGUGAACACUCCCCGGCAACCCGUGCAUCGUCUGUUCCUGCCCCCAUGGAGAUAGAUUCUGAAGAAGAAGCUUUCCACGACGAAAUCAUGUCUGAUACAACAGAUGAGUCGGAUGACGACUACAUGUACGGAGACGAAGUCAAAUCAAAUGAAUCCGAGCCCGACCCCUUCGAUUUGGCCAAAGAGCAGACAUCGGUGACCCUGUCCGGGGUGGACGCCUGGGUCAAGUCCGUGGCGAGCGACACCACCGGCAGCAACACGCCUGCAGGAAAUAGCAGUGGAAAUUUCCAGUGCGCAGGGCUCUCGAGCGGCUCCGGUGCUGGCGGAGCCGACAACGGAAAACGGCGCCAUGGGAACACAUUUAUGCCCACCAUGUGCAUGAGCGCUGCCCACGGUGUUUUGAAACUUUCAAAUUCGCAGAGGAGUUAG